GCAUCGAAUAUCUCCCCCAAAUUGUUAAAAGGCAGUGUUUAUCAUCAGAUAAGAGGAGUCGUGAACAAAACUGCUAAUUCAGCCAGCCCAGGUCGAUGUUCGCUCAGUUAUAUGAGUGCCAGAUGUACAAACAAAAGUUCACCGCAACAUGGCGACAAUCUCUUUCUGCUAGCCAUCCGCUCCUGUUCUUUGAUAUUUGUACGACUGAUAAUGAUCUGAUUUUCACGUUCAAGAUCUAAUAGCCUUAGUUGCUAUUCAAGGUGAGCUUAAUUUUGUUCUGGAAGAAGGAAAACUUGUAUCAGUAAUGUCUUCAACAUUUAACAUCAUACAAAUGCCACGUGACAUGUCGACCAAAUUUUCUUCUAGAAAUAUCGGAAAUAUCAUCAUGGCUAGACCAUCAAGCCUCAAAGAAGACAUGAAACGGGCGUGGUGGGAUACAAUGGGGACAUCGACAGUACCUUUGACACUAGACUUGUCUAACAAAAACCUGAGGCAGUUACCCGAUGAACUUUUUGAAUUAAAUGAGUUGCAGGCUUUAAAGUUAGACAAAAACAAGAACAUCCAACUAUCUAAGAAGCUUGUUAAAUUGACCAACAUGAAAGCGUUGAGUUUAAAUGACUGUAAUCUUGAAACAGUCCACGCUGCCGUGAUGAAACUUACACAGUUGGAAACACUGAUCCUCAGGAACAACAGGAACAUCACCCUGCCGGAUGAGAUGUCAGGUCUCGUCAAUCUCAAGGUCCUGCGCUUAGAUAACUGUGGGUUGGACUCACUACCUCCAGUAGUGCUAAACUUGUCACAUGUCCAUGCUCUGAACCUGAGCUCUAACCCAAUACAGACGUUACCCGUGGAAGUUGGACAGCUCACUAACAUAAAAUAUUUGCAUCUGUCCAACUGCGAGUUGCAAACACUCCCACCUGAAGUGUGGAGACUGACACAGUUAGAAUGGCUGGACCUGAGCUUUAACCCACUACAGACGUUACCCGCGGAAGUUGGCCAGCUCACUAAUGUCGAUCACUUGGAUCUGUCCAGCUGCGAGCUGCAAACACUCCCACCUGAAGUGGGGAAACUGACACAGUUAGAAUGGCUGGACCUGAGCUCUAACCCACUACAGACGUUACCCGCGGAAGUUGGGCAGCUCACCAAUGUCGAACACUUGGAUCUGUCCAUCUGCGAGCUGCAAACGCUCCCACCUGAAGUGGGGAGACUGACACAGUUAGAAUGGCUGGAACUGAACUCUAACCCACUAAAGACGUUACCCGCGGAAGUUGGGCAGCUCACCAAUGUCGAACACUUGGAUCUGUCCAUCUGCGAGCUGCAAACGCUCCCACCUGAAGUGUGGAGACUGACACAGUUAAAAUGGCUGGACCUGAGCUCUAACCCACUACAGACGUUACCCGCGGAAGUUGGACAGCUCACAAAUGUCAAACACUUGGAUCUGUCCCGGUGUGAACUGCACACACUCCCACCUGAAGUGGGGAGACUGACACAGUUAGAAUGGCUGGACCUGAGCUCUAACCCACUACAGACGUUACCCGCGGAAUUUGGACAUCUCACUAGCGUCAAACUCUUGGAUCUGUCCUGGUGCCAGCUGCGCACACUCCCACUUGAAGUGUGGAGACUAACACAGUUAAAAUGGCUGAAACUGACAGAUAACCCACUACAGACGUUACCCGCGGAAGUUGGGCAGUUCACUAACAUCAAACAACUAAAUCUGUCCCACUGCCAGCUGCACACACUCCCACCGGAAGUGGGGAAACUGACACAGUUAGAAAAGCUGGACCUGAAAUCCAACACACUAGAGACGUUACCCGCGGAAGUUGGACAGCUCACAAAUGUCAAACACUUGAAUCUGUCCGACUGCCAGCUGCACACAUUCCCACCUGAAGUAGGGAGACUGACACAGUUGGAAUGGCUGGGCCUGAGCUCUAACCCACUACAGACGUUACCCGCAAAAGUUGGACAACUCACUAAAAUCAAGCACUUAGAUCUAUCCGACUGCCAGCUGCCCACACUCCCACUUGAAGUGUGGAAACUGACACAGUUAGAAUGUCUGAGCCUGAGCUCUAACCCACUACAGACGUUACCUGCGGAAGUUGGGCAGCUCACUAACGUCAAACACUUGGAUCUGUCCCAAUGCCUACUGCGCACACUCCCAUCUAAAGUGGGGAGACUGACACAGUUAGAAUGGCUGGACCUGAGCUCUAACCCACUACAGACGUUACCCACGGAAGUUGGACAUCUCACUAACGUCAGACACUUGAAUCUGUCCCACUGCCAGCUGCACAUACUCCCACCUGAAGUAGGGAGACUGACACAGUUAGAAAAGCUGGACCUGUGCUCUAACCCACUACAGACGUUACCCGCGGAAGUUGGACAUUGCACCAACGUCAAACACUUGGAUCUGUCCCACUGCCAGCUGCGCACACUCCCAUUUGAAGUGUGGAAACUGACACAGUUAGAAUGGCUGGACCUGAGCGAUAUCCCACUACAGACGUUACCCGCGGAAGUUGAACAGCUCACUAACAUCAAACACUUGCAUCUAUCCCACUGCGAGCUGCGCACACUCCCACCUGAAGUGGGGAGACUGACACAGUUAGAAUGGCUGAACCUGAGCGGUAACCCACUACAGACGUUACCCGCGGAAGUUGGACAGCUCACUAACGUCGAACACUUAGAUCUGUCCCACUGCCAGCUGCGCACACUCCCACCUGAAGUGUGGAGACUGACACAGUUAGAAUGGCUGUACCUGAGUGGUAACCCACUACAGACGUUACCAGCGGAAGUUGGACAGCUCACUAACGUCAAACACUUAGAUCUGUCCCACUGCGAUCUGCACACACUCCCACCUGAAGUGGGGAAACUGACACGGUAGAAUGGCUGAGCCUGAGCUCUAACCCACUACAGACGUUACCCGCGGAAGUAGGACAGCUCACUAACGUCAAACAAUUGAAUCUGUCCGACUGCC